GGCAAUAUCAAAAGAUACUCCCUUUGUAUACAUUUCAAUCUCAGCAAGGAUAUAAAUUUGACUGAUCAUGAGAAGAGUCCAAAGUAAACUCAGUGGACCGAUUUCAAGUAUACAUCCUGGUUGAAUGUUGAAAUGCAGUCUGACCCGAUAUAGGAUUUUGAGAAAAUGAAGAUUCUUAUUCUGCUAACGUUAAGCCAGUUUGGAUUGUGCCAAGACAGUAUAGGAGCUAUCGUUGACAUUCUAAAGCCAAAUCCAGGGUUGAGAGACUGUACUCUCCCCAGGGAGUUCACAGUGCGUGUAAGGACACACAAUGACUCCGUCACUCUUCAGUUGGAGACCAGCACGUCAGUGAAGAAAACAACCCCCGUAUAUGUAUCUAGACAGGAUGAGAAGGGGAACCCAAUCAUCGUCAGAGAUACAGUGUUGGAGCUGGAGGGAACAGCCGAAUACCAGGAUGUGAUUCACAUGGCUAACAUCGAGGUUACCUGCGUUAUUAAGGCAGAGAACCAACCGUAUUAUGCAUUUGAAGGGUUUCUCUUGCUCAAUGGACCAAGUAUGUAUGAGCUGAAGCCGACAGGAACAGAAUCAGCUUCCAGUGAUAUCAAAUACACACUUACUUCUUCCCCAGUACACAUUCCACCAAUAGAUAAUGAUGAUGAUGGCGAGAAGGGUCAGUCAGGAAGUGACAGUGAGAUGAUGGCAUCAGAAUCCUUGAGGAAGAAGCGCCAGAUUCAGGAGCCAAUCUACGUGGACGUUAUUACGGUGAUAGCGUUCUCUGUUUAUGAAAGAUGGUAUUCCAGAGCAACCCAGCUGUCCGAAGCCUUGAAGCACCAGGAGACAAAACAAGGCAUCAAAAGACACUUUGCACAUCUUGUAAACGGGGUAGAUCUCCGUUAUAAGAAGGCGUCCCCUCUGUACAACAUAAACCUGGUAGGAUAUAUCAUUGAGGAUGUGCAGUUACCACGACCGUUCCAAGGCGCUGUAGUUAAUGAAACGAAGAUAGAUGGUGAUAAACUUCUCAGUGGCACAAGGCAAUGGAAGGCUGACACACCAGGAUUCCCUGACAAUGACCACAUUAUUGUGUUCACAGCGAACGAUCUGUUCAUUGUGGCAAACACCGGAAAAACGAGUAACCUGCUUGGAUAUGCAUAUGUAGGAACAAUAUGUGAAACACCAUAUAACAGUGUGUCAGCUGUGGAAUACACUGACAAUCUGAUUGACGACAUGCUCGUCACAACACACGAAGUCGGACAUGCGCUCAGCGCCAGGCACGACGGGGAAUACAACAACAUGUGUAACUCUACAUACAAGUACAUCAUGACCGGCAGCGGGUACAGCACGACCCAUGUUCUUGACCACAACAACUACUACGUCUUUUCUACAUGCUCGUCACGCUACUUUCAAACCUUCAUCCAAGGAAUCCUGACAAACGGUACAAAUGCCCAACAGCAAUGCCUACAGACGAGUCUCGAGCCGGCUUCUGUGACAAACAUCACGGGGACGAUGCCGGGACAGCUCUACGACGUUCACACGCAGUGUCAAAUGAUGUUUGGGCCAGGCUUCGUCUUGCGAUCAGAUAUUGACAUAGGUAAUUCAGAAAACAUAUGCAAGAGAAUGGUCUGUGGCAAGGAACAGCUUCAGUCGUUCCGAAACGCUGCAGAAGGAACGUCAUGUGGCAAUAAAAAGUGGUGUGUUGCUGGACAGUGUGUGUUUUCCAUAGAUGCACCAGAACAAAACAAUACUGACUGUCUCUUUGGGAACCAGCCAAUCGUGUACCCGGGCAAUAGAACAUGUGCUGAGCUGAUAGGUGCAACACCACGUUUGUGCUACAAUCCUGGUAAUUUGACUGCCUGCUGUGAGACCUGUCCUGUUUACAAGAGAAAUGACGAAAACUGCCCAUAUGGAGAUCGAUUUAGAAACUGUGACACAUUAACUCAGGACACGAAACGUUUAUGCUACGUUGAAGGAAAUGCCAGGGGUUGUUGUGAAACAUGUCCACUUUUCAAGUCGGCAGUAGCAAAUUGCACAUAUGGUGAUCGUUACUCUGACUGUGACACUGGUAUUACUCAGGAGCAGAAACGUCUUUGUUACAAUGAAAACAAUACUUAUGGCUGUUGUGAGACUUGCUCAGCCUACUCGUCAGGAGGUGCAAAUUGCACAUAUGGUGAUCGUUACUCUGACUGUGACACUGGUAUUACUCAGGAACGGAAAAGUCUUUGUUACAUUGAAAACAAUGCCUAUGGCUGUUGUGAGACUUGCUCAGCCUACUCGUCAGGAGGUGCAAAUUGCACAUAUGGUGAUCGUUUCUCUGACUGUGACACUGUUAUUACUCAGGAAGAGAAACGUCUUUGUUACAUUGAAAACAAUGCCUAUGGCUGUUGUGAGACUUGCUCAGCCUACUCAUCAGGAGGUGCCAAUUGCACAUAUGGGGAUCGUUACUCUGACUGUGACACUGUUAUUACUCAGGAACGGAAACGUCUUUGUUACAUUGAAAACAAUGCCUAUGGCUGUUGUGAGACUUGCUCAGCCUACUCGUCAGGAGGUGACUGUCCCUAUGGCGACAACACGUUGACUGGCCCAUGUGCCUUUAGCAACUGUAUCACUUCCGGUCCCGACUACAUUGGGAGGUGUUGUGACACUUGUCGCAAUUUUACGUCACAAUCUUCCACAACUACAACAACUACAACUGUACCAACAACCACCACAACUACAUUAACAUCUACCACAACUGCACCAAUAACUACCACUUUACCAACUACCACAAUUACACCAACUACCACUACUACACUAACAUCUACCACAACUGCACCAACAACUACACCAACUGCACCAACAGCUGCGCCAUCAACAACUACAACAACUACAACUGUACCAACAACCACCACAACUACACUAACAUCUACCACAACUGAACAAAUAACUACCACUUUACCAACUACCACAAUUACACCAACUACCACUACUACACUAACAUCUACCACAACUACACCAACAACUACACCAACUGCACCAACAGCUACUACAACGACUGCCACAGCUACACCAACAACUGUAACAACUACUACUGUACCAACAACUACCAUAACUACACUAACAUCUACCACAACUGCACCAGCAACUACCACUUUACCAACUACCACUAGUACACCAACUACCACUACUACACUAACAUCUACCACAACUGCACCAACAACUACACCAACUGCACCAACAGCUGCGCCAUCAACAACUACAACAACUACAACUGUACCAACAACCACCACAACUACACUAACAUCUACCACAACUGAACAAAUAACUACCACUUUACCAACUACCACAAUUACACCAACUACCACUCCUACACUAACAUCUACCACAACUACACCAACAACUACUACAACGACUGCCACAGCUACACCAACAACUGUAACAACUACUACUGUACCAACAACUACCAUAACUACACUAACAUCUACCACAACUGCACCAGCAACUACCACUUUACCAACUACCACUAGUACACCAACUACCACUACUACACUAACAUCUACCACAACUACACCAACAACUACACCAACUGCACCAACAGCUACUACAACGACUGCCACAGCUACACCAACAACUGUAACAACUACUACUGUACCAACAACUACCAUAACUACACUAACAUCUACCACAACUGCACCAGCAACUACCACUUUACCAACUACCACUAGUACACCAACUACCACUACUACACUAACAUCUACCACAACUGCACCAACAACUACACCAACUGCACCAACAGCUGCGCCAUCAACAACUACAACAACUACAACUGUACCAACAACCACCACAACUACACUAACAUCUACCACAACUGAACAAAUAACUACCACUUUACCAACUACCACAAUUACAAUAACUACCACUACUACACUAACAUCUACCACAACUACACCAACAACUACCACAAUGGCACCAACAACUACUACAACGACUGCCACAGCUACACCAACAACUGUAACAACUACUACUGUACCAACAACUACCAUAACUACACUAACAUCUACUACAACUGCACCAACAACUACCACUUUACCAACUACCACUACUACACCAAUAAUUACCACAAUUACACCAAUAACUACCACAACUGCAACAACAACUACACCAACAACUACAUCAACAAUUCCUACAACAGCCCGCACAACACAAAAUUCUUCACCUCCAUCAAAACAAGCUACCAGUACAGAAAUAAUGUCCAGCACAGCUACAGUCAUAUCAGUUCCAACACUCUGGUAUGUUGCAGCAGAGAUCGUCGCAGGUUUACUUGCAGUGAUUUUCAGUGGCAGUAAAUGAUUGAAGCACCAGUAAAAUGUCGGCGGCAGCAAGUGAAUGGAAUUAAGGGUUACCAUCCCUGUUUGCAAACAUAACAUGCUUGAUCCUUCGAGACGUGGGACAGUUUCAAGGAGGAUUGCGGUUCCAUAUAUAAGAUACACAAGAGUGUGAGUUGAGGCCUUUUUCGACAUGAGGUCUGUCUCAUUUACUUCAAAACAACAUGUUCUGUAAUCACAGAAUCUCCACCAUCCAAUAUUGAUAUGAUUCAAGAAGUUAGUCAUGUUUGAAAGACAUUAUUCUGAACAUUCGUGAAUGUUUGAACAUUAAUUACAAGCCCUACUGCUGCCCCUCAUUUGACCCAUUGUAUUGCCAUGUUUGAUAGCGAUCCUAAAACUGUGCGUUUCAAUAUAAUGUAUUGAUUUUUCUUUGAUUUAGUGUGGCUACUGAUUUCACAAUUUAGCUCUGUUUGUACUGAUUUCUGGUUUCCUGCUUAGUGAUUGUUUGUGGCAUCUGCUUUUUCUUGACAGUAAUGACUCCAUAUAUGUUUGAUUGCAUUUUGUUAAUUCACCCAAAGGGGCCAUGAUUUUGACUUAUGAGAGAACGACAAAAUAAAUUUCAAAGGAAAUGUUA